AUGGUUAAAGCUGUCGCUGUCUUAAGAGGUACUGCUGGUAUUUCAGGUACUGUUUAUUUUGAACAAUCUGCUGAAGAUCAACCAACAACAAUUUCUUAUGAAAUUACUGGUAACUCUCCAAAUGCUUUAAGAGGUUUCCAUAUUCAUGAAUUUGGUGAUGUUACUAAUGGUUGUGUUUCAGCUGGUCCACAUUUUAAUCCAUUCAAAAAGACUCAUGGUGCACCAACUGAUGAAAAUAGACAUGUAGGUGAUAUGGGUAACGUUCAAACUGAUGAUAAUGGUGUUGCUAAAGGUACUAUUACUGAUAACCUAAUCAAACUAUUAGGUCCAAAUACUAUUAUUGGUAGAUCUGUUGUUGUUCAUGCAGGUCAAGAUGAUUUAGGUAAAGGUGGUAAUGAAGAAUCUUUAAAGACUGGUAAUGCUGGUGGUAGACCAGCUUGUGGUGUUAUUGGUUUCACUCAUUAA